AUGGCCGAGAGACGAGAAGGAGGCGAUCAGCAACGGCAAGUAAAUCGCACGCCAAAAAGCGCCAAUACGAACCAAGUAAAUUUGCCCUCAAUGUCCUCCCAUCCCACAUUGCAGCCGUUCGUUGGUCCAUCAGUGAUCUACCACCGGCCACAGCCAGCACCAGCGCCAACAGCGCCUCAGCUGCCACCUAUCUACCGCCAAAACAGUGACAGGCCACCGCCUGAAUUCAGUUCUCAGCAGCCCAAACCCACUCAACUCGCCCAGAAGCAGCGAAAGCGCAAGUCGGCAAACGAUCAGUCACCAGAAAUUCCAGUACUCGACCCACAGACUGGCCAGCCAAUCAAGAAACGUUCUAGAACAACUAGAAGUUGUGACAGCUGCAGAGCUCGGAAAAUUAGAUGCGAUUUCCUACCUGAUUUGGAACCUCCUUGUUGUAGGCACUGCAAGCAAAAUGGUUUGCCUUGCACCAGCAAUCUGCCUAUUUCAGAGACGCGAUUUAAGAAACGUGCAAGCUCAGUUAAUGCUUCAUCUCAACCACCUUCAUCGCGUCCUUCACCUCCUCAAUCCGUUGUGAUGCCGCCGAGCGUUGGCCUCAACCAACAACCCUCUGGUCUACAUCUUGCUACGACUUCAAGGGCAACAGCGCGCAAUCCAUCGAUAGCAACAACUGCCACGCCUUCAAGGGAACCUCCUCCACCUCCACCUUCGUUUCCGCUCAGAUUACCGCCAGUCGGACGUGAGAAUAUGACACUACCUCCACCUUCUUCAGAAGCUAGAAUGUUGGGACCCACCUCUAUUUCCUAUCUAGUCCACUCUCAAGCCCAGCUACCGACAUCAGUCGAGCGUAAUCUCAAAGCUGUCGACGAUCGCUACCACCAGAAAAGCAGCGUGACUGCAAAUGGUGAUGGCUGGAUACACCAAAUGCAGAAUCGUCCAGGCAGCUCACAAGAUGCCCCUCUAGCUAAACCAGCCGCAAUCAAGCGUGAAUCAUCGCAAAUCCAACCACCUGCAGAGCUUGAGUUAGAUGAGGAAACCACGCAAAUGCUACUAAACAUCUAUUUUACAGAUAUAGCGCCAAUAUUUCCAGUACUGACUAGCGAGGAAUUUUACAACCAUCCUCAUCCGUUGCUACUGCGAGCAUGCUGCGUGAUAGCAGCUACUGGACGUCAAAUACCACUAGAAACGCUAAAUGCAUGUCGGUCAGCGUUGAAUAGCACUUUGGCUGGAUCUACCUUAUCGCGUUCAUCACUGGUCACUAUCCAAGCAUUGCUUAUAUGCAGUUUAAAUACAGACGCACAUUCAACCGCACUCGGUAGCUCAGGUAGCUCGAUAUGGUUGCGAAGUGGUGCAGCUAUUCGCAUGGCUCAUGAUCUUGGUCUACAUAAAGAGUCAAAGGAAUGCUCGCAGCGAGAGUCAAAUCGCAGGCGACGUGUGUGGGCAGCGGUUGUGAUAAUGGAUAGGUGGGCUUCGUGUGCGCAUGGAUUGCCUAUGUCUAUCAAUUUAGUCGACUGCGACGUGCUUCUCCCUUCCCCCUUCGACUUCUACAGGGAUGAUAGUGAUACGGAGUCUAAGCCUAUCAUAAACGAAGAACACAAUAGACCUCAUUCUUUCUUUGUCGAGAUGGUCAAGAACUCCGUUUUGCUUGGCCGUAUUCUUCAGACACUGUAUAGUGCAGUGGGGCUGCGUCUCGUCACUGACGAACAACUUUUCAGUCUCGCAGCGGAUAUUGAGCAAUGGAAGGGAGAUCUACCGAUUAGUUUGAAAUUUACCGGUGUUUCGUCCAGCCCCCAAUCUGGUAUACUGCAUAUGGCCUAUGUAACACUCUGUCUGCUUUUGUUCAGACCGAUGAUGCGAGCAUCAGAGAAUGACAUGUCCGAAGGACUGAAGCAGACGCUCGACGAACAACGCUGGAUGAAGGUGUAUGAAGCGUCGACGGAAUGCAUUGAAUGGGUGUACCAGAACCAGAGCAUAAUGGACCACUGGUUUAUAGCAGUGUACUGUCUCUGCUCAUGCGCACUCAUUCAGCACUACACUUGGGCGAGAGAGAAGUGUGAAGGUGCGUUGGAUGGGCUGCGCAAGGUCGUCGAGAUACUCGAACAAUGGCAGAAAGGUGGUGGCGGCGAUGAGGCCAUCACGUGGCGCAACAAGCUGACAGAUAUAAUUCAUAUACUGAACAAGUCAGCCUUGCGUCCACGCUCAGGCGGUCAAGAUGUCACACAUACAGACGGCGAAGCGACACACAUGCGUAGAAAUCCUUUGCAAUUGCGCCAAACUGAGGAUAAAAUGAGCGAGUCGAGUGUGGGAGCGGGAUAUCAACCACAUGCAAAUCUCUAUCCGGGUGCAAUGGAUUCACAGCAUUCGACGUACAGCGGUAAUAGCGGCAACGGGGGUACGUCAUAUGCAGCGCUAUCGACGAAUAAGGAGGACGCAGAAGUCGUUCAGUCGCCCUUCCAGACUGGGUCUAGUACUCAGUACAACUCCCAUCACCCCGUUUACAGCUCCGUUAUCGAUGAUAGUACACCUCAUCACGCAUUUUUUGAUCUUAACGCAUGGGACUGCCUCAUGCAGAAUUUUCAGCCUAUUGGAUCGGCUGGUGGACGUCGACAUGGCGGGGCUGCUGGUGGCCCACCUCCAAACACACUCCCUGGAACUUCCUAUGAUCCAAUUUAA